AUGCCCCGCGGCUUCCUGGUGAAGCGCAGCAAGAAGUCCACGCCCGUGUCCUACCGGGUCCGCGGUAGCGAGGACGGUGACCGCGCGCUGCUGCUCUCGCCAGGCUGUGGGGGCGCCCGCGCCGAGCCCCCGGUGCCAAACCCCGGGCCGGGGCCGCUGCUACUACCGCCGCCGCCGCCUACCGAGCGCGCCCAUGCGGCGCUCGCUGCCGCGCUCGCCUGCGCGCCCGGCCCGCCGCCACCCCCGCCGGGCCCGCGGGCCGCGCACUUCGGCAACCCCGAGGCCGCACACCCCGCGCCGCUCUACAGCCCCACGCGGCCCGUGAGCCGCGAGCAUGAGAAGCACAAGUACUUCGAGCGCAGCUUCAACCUCGGCUCGCCGGUGUCGGCCGAGUCUUUCCCCACUCCCGCCGCGCUGCUCGCCGGGGGCGGUGGCGGCGGCGGCGGCAGCGGCGGCGCGACCGGCGCGGGCGGUGGCGGCACCUGCGGCGGCGACGCGCUGCUUUUUGCCCCUGCCGAGCUCAAGAUGGGCACCGCGUUCUCGACCGGCACCGAGGCCGCUCGAGGUCCCCCACUCCCCCCGACCGCCGCCCUGCGUCCCCCGGGCAAGCGGCCCGCGCCCCCGUCCGCCGUCGUCGCUGAGCCGCCCGCCAAGGCAGCCAAGGCCCCGAGCGCCAAGAAACCCAAGGCCAUACGCAAGUUACACUUCGAGGACGAGGUGACCACGUCGCCGGUGCUGGGGCUCAAGAUCAAGGAAGGGCCCGUGGAGGCGCCGCGGGGCCGCGCGGGGGGCGCGGCGCGGCCGCUGGGCGAGUUCAUCUGCCAGCUGUGCAAGGAGGAGUACGCCGACCCGUUCGCGCUGGCGCAGCACAAGUGCUCGCGCAUCGUGCGCGUGGAGUACCGCUGCCCCGAGUGCGCCAAGGUCUUCAGCUGCCCGGCCAACCUGGCCUCGCAUCGCCGCUGGCACAAACCGCGGCCCGCGCCCGCCGCCGCGCGUGCGCCGGAGUCCGAAGCCGCCACCCGGGCCGAGGCGCGCGAGGUUAGCGGCGGCGGCGGAGGCGGCGGCAGCGAUCGGGACACGCCGAGCCCCGGCGGCGUAUCCGAGUCGGGCUCCGAGGACGGGCUCUACGAGUGCCAUCACUGCACCAAGAAGUUCCGCCGGCAGGCCUAUCUGCGCAAGCACCUGCUAGCACAUCACCAGGCGCUUCAGGCCAAGGGCGCGCCCCCGGCGCCCCCGGCUGAGGACCUACUGGCCUUAUACGCGGGGCCCGACGAGAAGGCGCCGCUGGAGGCGGCCGGCGACGGCGAGGCGGCCGGCGUGCUGGGCUUGAGUGCACCCGCCGAGUGCCACCUGUGCCCAGUGUGCGGGGAGACGUUCCCCAGUAAGGGCGCCCAGGAGCGCCACCUGCGCCUGCUGCACGCCGCGCAGGUGUUCCCCUGCAAGUACUGCCCGGCCACGUUCUACAGCUCGCCGGGCCUCACGAGGCACAUCAACAAGUGCCACCCGUCCGAGAACAGACAGGUGAUCCUCCUGCAGGUUCCCGUGCGCCCGGCCUGCUAG